UUUUUACUCGGGGUUGAGUAAACUCGGGGCUGUUGUGUAUCAUAAUACCGCGGCGUGCACACGCGGAACGCUAACGGGGUUAGCGUGCGUCUCGCGUUUAGCGGGCCGAGUCGCAACCGAUCGACUGACUGAAUGCACCUUCGCCUCCUUUGCCGCGGCCUCGCGCGCCCGUCUGCGUCUUCCGGGCUCCGGAAAGAUUUCCCGGGACGCGGUCAACAAAAUACCGCUGCUUGGCAGCGCGCGGGGUAUGCUGCGCGAAUCCGAUGAGCGUGGUGUUUUUCGGGGGACCGCGACCGUGAUUGCACGUCGAUCUAUCGAUCUGCCGCGAGGAUACCUUGGAUCGUGCGAUCUCGCGGCGAUGCAGUGACGCGACAAGUGCGCGUGCUCCAAGUGCUACGAGUGCUACGGAAACGCGUGUGACCGCAAAUUUGUCCACGGCGACGGUGCGUGUAAACGCCUAAUCGAGGAAGAGAAAAUAAUAUCGAUCAAAUAGACCUAUUUAAAGAAGAGCAAAAUUAAUAGCGAAAUAUUAUUGUUAAAAUAGAAAAAGUAUCGAUUAUUAAACUGGAUAUCGAUCAAAUAGACCUAUUUAAAGAAGAGCAAAAUUAAUAGCGAAAUAUUAUUGUUAAAAUGGAAAAAGUAUCGAUUAUUAAACUGGAUUGUGCGUAAGCCUAAGAGACGGUGCGAUAAACGAUGUAAUUCUGCUGAGGCAACCGAGACUACGAAUUAUUCUUCAGAAGAUCCGUUUUAUUUCGCCAGGAGAAUUCAACAACAGAGUCCUUUGUUCUCCAGUUCGACCAAACUGGCAAUUUAUUACUCAUAAAUCACAUGAUUACAGAAAUUACUCAUGCAUACGAAUUAUUAUUCGACGAAAGCAGUCCUCCACCCAAAGCGAACGGUGGAAAAGCAACAGUGGCUUGUAACAAAAAGUAAUAUUACAGCCACUUUCAAGAGGACAACGCGCUUUUAAAGAAAGACGCCAAUUUACGAACUUGAAGGAAUUCGGACCAAAGCAAAGGGAUAAAACAUAGAAAAAUCGAACGAUUACAAAUCCCACGCAAGCGCCAGUUUUCAUUUCGUGAGCGGGACGAGCAUUUAAUCGGCAAAAGGGAGAACAAACUUCGCAAGAGCGAGAACAAUGAUGCGAAGAUAAGCUGCCCUUUAGAUUUGCAAGAGCUGCACGUCGCGUUGUUGCUUUCGAGGGACAAGGAUUUACAAGGAGGACUUUGCACUUUAGCCUAGUCGAGAAUUUACUGAUUGGGAGGGUCUUCUAGUCGAGGAGUGUCAAAUUUGACUCCAGCCUUCGACAAGGGGGAGAAAGAUGCACACACUGUUCGGCGAGCAGAACGCGUACUACCGGCACGCGACGGCGGUGCCGGUGGGCAUGGGCACGCCGUCGUACCCGGGAGUGGGUGCUGCUCCAGGGUACUACGAGCAGUACCGAUACGGCGGGUACGCGACCGCCGCCGGUUACCCGGUGCCGGGCAUCGGGCAGCAGCACAUCCACCACGCCGGCAAGGACAUGGUGAAACCCCCGUACUCGUACAUCGCGCUGAUCGCCAUGGCGAUCCAGAACGCGCCCGACAAGAAGAUCACGCUGAACGGCAUCUACCAGUUCAUCAUGGAGCGGUUCCCGUACUACCGCGAGAACAAGCAGGGCUGGCAGAACUCGAUCCGGCACAACCUCAGCCUGAACGAGUGCUUCAUCAAAGUGCCGCGCGACGACAAGAAGCCCGGCAAGGGCAGCUACUGGUCCCUCGACCCGGACAGCUACAACAUGUUCGACAACGGCUCUUACCUGAGGCGUCGGAGACGCUUCAAGAAGAAGGACGCGCUCAAGGAGAAGGAGGAGGCGCUGAAGCGGCAGGGCAUCGUGCCCGAGAAGCGCGCGGAGGACGCCAAGCCAGGCGGCGGCCAGGUGCCCCUGUCCUCGGACGCGUCGGCGAAGAAGCUCGGCAACGCGCUGGAGACCACCGGGCUGUGCAAGCCGAAGCGGGAGCCGGUGAACGAUCACACCGCGACCGGAAGUCACUGCAUGGCGGCGGCCGCGGCGGCGGUUCAGGUCGGCAAGUACGGACUGCACAGCCCGAUACAGGAGACGAAGACGACGACGGCGGCAGCGGCACCUGGUCAGAGCGUCAUCCAGACCGCCCUGGGUCAUCAGGUGCACCAAGCGCACCAGGUCCACCCGGAGUCCAUCCAGGAUGUAUCGAUGGCCGGCCUCGAUCCGGCCAGCUUCAGCGUCGACGCGCUGAUGACCACGCGGGAGAGCAGCGCCGGCCUGAUGACUCGCGACAACCAGCACCACUCCCACGGCCAUCCGUCGCACGGCCUCCAGCACCCGCACACCAUCAUGAGCAGCAGGGAGUCCAUGGGCGGCGGCGGCGGCGGCGCCGGCGGCAGGGACCUGUCGUCCGCGUGCACCACCACGACCACCACGACGGCCGCCGUCGCGGCGAUGAUGGCCACCACGGGCUACGGACACACCGGCGCGGUCACCAGGGGCAACGCCUCGCCGCCCGGGACCAUGUACGCGCCGUACUGCGCGCCGCCGGCCGCCGGAUACGCCAUCAUGGACCACGGCGAGUACAACUCGGCGAGAAGCCACGCGAACAACGCCGUGGCACACCCGCAGUGGUACCAGGACGCUGCCAGCCCCGACGCCGCGAUCUACCAGGAUACCCAGUCCCCGAGCUGCCAGCUGUACAGGUCCAGCCCGCCGACGCCAAUCUCGACAAGCGCGGCGCCGUCGCCACCGCUGUACAGAUAUUAUCAGGAUUGCAACAGCAGCAAUUUACCACUAACGUUACAGAAGUACUGAGAAUAUCGGAAUUCAAGGUCCCAUCAACGGGACCUUGAAGAGCAUCAUCACGGUAAUCCUUACGAUCCGGGCCUGAUCUACGUGAAGCAGGAGUGGAUCCCUUCAACGGACGAGCUCGCCAAGGAGUGGAAUUAGAAGAAGUGCGUAGAGAGAAAUCUGAUAAAAAUGGUGCGUGACGCUAAUUACUUUCGACCGCGUCUUUGUAAAAACCGUGGAAAACCGUCAGUGAAUUUACAUAAUUAACCAUUCACUUAACGAGCUGCUAAACACCGUCGAAGACAGCGUUGCUUGAGUAGUUCAAUUUCUGAAAAUCGAAACAGAAGUGAAACUUUUGUCGAGGUUCCUCGGUGAAUAGGACAACCCGAUGACGUUAUAUCUCUUCCGCUUUUCUGAAUUAAUCUGUCGGCAAUAACUGUUUCCGCAGUUAUUGAGGAAUUUCGAUUUGACAAUUCCAAAACUUGGAUGAGUGUGUGUCGAGGGUUCUAGAUGUAUAGUCAAACUUGAAGAUUUUGGAGAGAAAAAGGGAGAGAGAAACUAAAAAUUGGAACUCUAAGAUUUCAUAAAGAAAUGCAACAUCGCCAUGUUUAGAAUUUAUAAAUCCAGAGAUGCAUCAUGGAGUGAUGCAUCUUCUGGUUAGAAAACUUGUCGUAAUUUGUGAAGUUGAAUAUUACGAACUAUACAAUGCGCUUAGAAAAGACAUACAAAAUACGUGUGAGGAUUAACAAUGAGCCGAAGAGCGACCCAUGAUAAAAUGUUUUUCCGUUUAUUAUUUUUAAACUUUUGCACCUUCAUUUUGUACUAUAUAACUUAAAACAAUAACACGCAUAUAGAUUUUUCUAUAAUAGAAUAAUCAAAUCGCAUAUUUCUACGCGUAUGCUAUUCUGAUUAUUAAAAAAAAAACAAUUGGUAGUAAUUUUGUAAUACUCGCUCGCUGUAAUAUUGUUUUGUUCAGUCGGAGAGCAUUUCAACAUGUAAAGCAUAGUAAAAUUCCCAAUAUUACCAUCUCAAAAA